UCUUUCUCUCACCACCAUGACCACCAAAACAUGGAGACCCCUAACAGCCGGUUGUUGUAGAGUCCAUGACCAAGUUAUCGCCGGAAAACUCCCUAGAUUCCGGCCCAACAGACCAGAAUUCUCUAAAAAGAUAGCCCAACUCUCAUCUUUCAGGCGACUUUCAGCUUCUGAUGUCCCCGACUCACCCUCGACUACUUCCGAAGCCCUAACCCAUGCAUUUGCCCCGGGUCUUCAUGUAUUCAGUCUUGGAGAGCUUAGAGCUAUUACACAAAAUUUUUGUGGUGGGUUUUUGUUAGGAGAAGGUGGUUUUGGUACUGUGCACAAGGGUUAUGUGGACGAUAGGCUUAGGCCAGGGCUUAAGGCACAGGCGGUUGCUGUUAAGCUUUUGGACGUGGAAGGCUUGCAAGGGCACAGGGAGUGGCUGGCAGAGGUGAUUUUCCUGGGGAAACUUCGGCACCCGCAUCUGGUGAAGUUAAUUGGUUAUUGUUGCGAAGACAAAGAGCGACUUCUUGUUUAUGAGUUCAUGCCUCGAGGAAGCCUAGAGAACCAUCUCUUCAAGCGGAUUUCUAACUCAUUGGCAUGGGGGAUACGAUUGAAGAUUGCGAUAGGGGCGGCCAAGGGUCUCGCCUUCUUGCAUGGAGCCGAGAAACCUGUUAUAUACCGUGAUUUCAAGACUUCCAACGUUUUACUCGACUCGGAUUUCACUGCCAAGCUCUCUGAUUUCGGUUUGGCAAAGGUUGGACCAGAGGGAGAAGAUACACAUGUGACCACACGUGUUAUGGGAACACAAGGCUAUGCUGCUCCGGAGUACGUCAUGACUGGGCACCUAACAACUAGGAGCGACGUAUAUAGCUUCGGGGUUGUUCUCCUAGAGCUGCUUACUGGUAGAAGGUCCAUGGACAAGUCCCGCCCUAAGAGGGAACAAAACCUAGUAGACUGGGCCACGCCCUAUCUAACCACGACCAGGAGGGUUCGCAUGAUCAUGGACCCUCGGCUCGAGGGACAAUUCUCUGUAAAGGGGUCGAGGGCUGUGGCUGCAUUAGCUUCUCAAUGCGUGAACCCGAAACUGAAGGCUAGGCCGCCGAUGCAUGUUGUGGUUGAGGUCCUAGAGGGGCUGCAACAUCUUAGAGAUAUGGCGGGAAAUGCACCACCCGCUCCAUUGACUCAGACUUAUCGGACCCAGAGAGCGGCUAGGAAGCCAUUCUCAGAGCAUGUGCAUAAGGUGUAGCGAGAGAGAGAGAGUGUGUGUGUGAGUGUGUGUGUAUUUUGUGUGUGAAUAUGUAAAUACUAAAUUUCACAUGAUGUAUUUGUUGUUACUGUGUGAGUUCUAC